GCCUGCGUACAAAGGCCUAAACAGUAGUGCCCUGUUUCCUGGAACUGGGGCAGGCAGGCCUGUAGCUGGUUUGCACAUUAAUUGCCAGCCAUCCUCAGGCUAUCCAGGAAGAACUUGCAGUCUAAGUCUUGCAUUGUCUAUACAAUAACACGAACGCAGCUUUGUGCUGACUGAGAAGUGACAUUUUAUCUAGUACAGUACUCUGACUUCUGAUACUAAUGGCCUUAAAUAAAAUGGAAGACUUUAAAUUUGAUGGAAAAGAGCGCCUACCUGUCAACUAUGUGAAGGGGAUUAUGCAACCCGUACCUACCUGUAACAUCUGGGACCAGAUCUGGAACUUCCAAGCCAAGUCUGAUGAUCUGCUUAUUGCCACGUAUCCUAAAGCAGGAACAACAUGGACUCAGGAAAUAGUGGACUUAAUACAAAAUGAAGGUGAUGUUGACAAAAGUCAAAGAGCACCUACUUAUAUACGAAUUCCUUUCAUUGAAUGGAUAGUCCCAUCCAUAAGAUCUGGUUUGGAACAAGCUGAGCAAAUGCCUUCACCACGGACCCUGAAAACACAUCUUCCCAUCCAAAUGCUGCCACCAUCCUUCCUAGAGAAAAACUGUAAGAUAAUCUAUGUAGCAAGAAAUCCAAAGGACAAUAUGGUGUCUUAUUACCAUUUCCAAAAAAUGAAUAAAGCUCUUCCUGAUCCAGGAACCUGGGAAGAGUAUUUUGAGACUUUUCUGGCUGGGAAAGUGUGCUGGGGAUCUUGGCAUGACCACGUGAAAGGAUGGUGGAAAGCCAAAGAUCAAUACCGCAUUCUUUACCUCUUCUAUGAGGACUUAAAGAAGAAUCCAAAGCAUGAAAUUCAGAAGCUGGCAGAAUUUAUUGGAAAAAACCUAGAUUAUGAAGUUCUAGAUAAGAUUCUCCAUCACUCUUCAUUUGAUGUUAUGAAACAGAAUCCAAUGGCAAACUAUACAACGAUUCCUACUGAAAUCAUGAACCACUCUAUUUCUCCAUUCAUGAGAAAAGGGACAGUUGGAGACUGGAAAAAUCACUUUACUGUGGCUCAGAAUGAGAGAUUUGAUGAAGACUACAAGAAGAAAAUGGCUGAUACCAGUCUAACUUUCCACUUUCAAUUCUCAUAAAAAAGAAAACAACCAAAAAAUUUUUUAGUUUAUUACCUAAUUUAUUGGGUAAUAAACAAUAUAAUUUUAUUGCUCAGACCACAUGAUACUGGGAAAGGUUCUCAGACUAUUUGUUCAUUGUGCUUGUUUUUGUUCAUUCUAUAAAUGUGGGGAUAAAGCUGGCAGAGAUUAGGGACAAGGUGGACAGCGGCAGCAGGAUGGCAGUAUGGAAGGAAGGAAGUUCAAUCAUUACUAGUUAUAAUCAUGGCAUCAUUGCUAAUUAUCAUUAUGUUUAAGUUUUCUAUAGAUCAUGUAUUAGUUGACAUUAAAAAUUCUUCAUAUAGCUUUGAAAAAAUAAAAAGAAUGAUGAUUAUGUCAAAAAAAUUCUUCAUUCCUUAUAUAAGAAAAUACUAAAAUCUUCAGAGUAAGUGUUCUUCCAGGCUAAUUUCUCAAGGCAGCACUAAAAUAUGUAGAUAGUGACUAUUUCUCCCAGAAAGUUAUUGGUAGCCAAGCAACCAUUAUGUAAAUGUUUCCCCAUAAAACUUUUCAGUUCACUUCUGUGUUCGCUCUAUAAUACAUCUAUCCCUAUCAGUUACCACAUCCGAUAUACUUAACUCUCUCUGGCACCUCAGCCAGUGCUGUCAUUCAGUCUUGGAGUCAUAUCAUAACUCCUCCUUCCAGUGAAUCCACAAUCAUAUGCUAAUCCACUAACAAGAGUUGUCAGUUUUUCCUGUGAAGUCUCAUUUCUAUAGCCACCUUUCUGGUUCAGAAACCUUUUACCUCUUGCCCAUACUAGUGUAAGCUUCCUAACUCAUUUCUCUCUUCCUCACAGAUCUAUUGUAAUGCCCAGAACUCGGGCGACCCCCAAAAAUGAACCACCAGAGUCCAGAGUCAAAGCCAAACAGCAAGGGUCAUUUAUUGCAGGUUCGGACCUGGGUCCUCUGCGCACUCCAAGCUGGUGGAGCGGGGAGAGCCAGAGAGCCCCGUGCAGGUGGCUCACGUCCUUUUUAUAGGCCGGCCCAAACAAGUCGGGGGCGUUCCAUUGUUACAGCGCUUACAUUGGCCAAUAUCUAAGUUCAGACAUUCUGCUUUCCCUGAUUGGAUCCUGCCACAAUUUGAACAUCCAGUACUCCCCGCCCCAAUGUUGAGCCACAUGGCUGACCCCACCCUACACACAGCGCCCCAAGUGUAUGUACAGAAGCAGAAUAAGCGGAGCAGGUUAAGUUUCAUUUUUCCUGGGACUCAUACUGUUACCGAAAUAGCACAGACCAGUUAAGUUUCGGUUUGCCUAGGUCUAAUUUUUAAGUUCCUCGCAACUCUUCGGUUCCUCACUAUUAGGAUUACUUUCCUAAAAUAGGAUUUUGAUUGUAUUUUUCUUUGGCUCUAAAUACUUCCAUGAUGCUGAAUUUUCAGUGCCUGACAGAUAAAUCCCAUGCUUUUUAAUCAUCAUUCAAAGGCAGCUAUUAACAUAUGAUAUGGUUGAUCUCAUCUUCCAAACCACCUCCUUACUUCAGCAAAUCAGCCUACUCACUGAGCCCUGAUUAUCUCUUGCAGGUUCCUCCCUACUAGAUUUAUUUUCACCAUGGCUCUAUCUGAAAAUUCCUUUUCUUUCUUUCUACCUAUCCAAAACAUAUAACAUGCUGAAUAACCAGUGCAAGUGGAUCAUUCCUCCUGCAAAUAUUGAAACUGAAGAGAUUAUUUGUUCUUCUGAAGUUCUCUACACUUAGUAUAAUUCUUUUGUGAUUAAGAUUAAAGUAUAUUACAUCUCUUAUAUGUA